GAUCCACUACCUACAGUCAACAAAACUUAUUCUUUAAUCCUUCAAGAUGAAAAGCAGCGAGGUAUAUCAAAAGGAGGCACACCUAUGGUUGAAGCUUCAGCUUUUGCUGUGAAGAAUAAUUUCAGAAAUUCGGAAAGAAAUUCCAAUGUCAAAAAUCCUCAUUUAAAAUGCGGAACUUGCAACAAAAUUGGUCACACCUCAGAGACAUGUCGAUCCCAUCUCAAAUGUGAUUAUUGCGGCUGGCAAGGUCAUACCAUUGAUGUUUGUAGAAAGUUACAAAAGAACUCCACAGGUAAUAAACAUGAUCAACGAGAACACAAGAAUGUUCCCUCCAAAGCCAACCAUGCAAACGCAGCCACACCUGUAGCCAGUAAUCGAUAUACUCUCACUGCUGAACAGUACCAUAGUCUGAUAACAUUACUUAAUGAAAAUAAGUCAAAUUUCAUGGCCAAUCAUGUUGGUAGCACAUCAGCCAUGAGUGAUGUUUCAGGACCAACGAUCGGGGAAGAUGAUUGGGAUGGGAACUGAGCGAGGAGGAUUUUAUUACCUUGAUACUUCACAAAGAACCAGCUGUAAUGCAGCCAUUGCACCUGUCCCUUCUUCUCCAAAACUUUGGCAUCAACGUCUUGGUCACCUAUCCAAUAAGAUUUUCCAUUUACUCUCUCAUUCAGUUAUGAACAUUCAAUAUUGUGAUAUUUCUGAUUGUUUAAUUUGCCCAUUAGCUAAACAGACUCGUUGUUCAUUUCCAUUAAGCUCUAUUCGCACUAAAGCACCUUUUGAAUUAAUACAUAUUGAUAUUUGGGGAGGAUAUCAUGUUCCUUCUAUCACAAGGGCACAAUAUUUUCUUACGAUUGUCGAUGAUUAUACCCCUUGCACAUGGACUUAUUUGAUGUCUCAUAAAUCAGAUGCACAAACAUAUAUUACUUCAUUCAUUAACCUUGUUAAAACACAAUUUUCCUUGAAAAUCAAAAUUCUUCGCAGUGAUAAUGGACCUGAAUUCACUUUGAAAAAUCUAUACUUGGACCAAGGUAUCAUUCAUCAAACUAGUUGUGUUUCCACUCCUCAGCAAAAUGGAGUAGCCGAAAGAAAACAUCGGCAUCUUCUCAAUGUAGCCCGAGCAUUAUUAUUCCAAGCUAAUCUUCCUAAGAAAUUUUGGGGGGAUGCAAUCUUGACAGCUACAUACCUCAUCAACCGCAUACCCACACCUCUUCUUCAAGGGAAAUCACUUUUUGAAGUAUUCUUUCGUAAACAGCCUACAUAUGACCAUCUACGUAUGUUUGGGUGCCUGUGCUUUGUCUCAACUCAUCACCAUCGUCCUACAAAGUUUGAUGCUAGAGCCACACAAUGUAUUUUCUUGGGUUAUCCAUACAAUCAAAAAGGGUACAGGGUUUAUGAUCUCUUAACAGGUAAAAUUUUCACUUCACGUGAUAUCAUUUUCUUUGAAGAAAUUUUUCCUUUUUCAUCUUCCGCUGCAAGUUCACCUCUUAUUCCUCAUCCUUCACCAAUAUAUGAUUAUGAUAGUCCCACUCUAGAAACAUUCUCACCCGACAGCCCCUCUCAAGGAGAUAAUUCACUUGCCAACUCAGAAACCACUCUUCAAAACAACCCUUCAGCCACAACUUCUUCUCCAUUAAUUGAUC